GCCGCGUCCCUUCCGUCCGCGCCGCACACACAUACACACACCACUCACCACCAGGCAACCCUCACGUCAACACCAACCACCAAUAACAGAAUAUGAAAACCUGCUUCAACACGUUGCAUCACCAAAAUUAGCUUCAUCGCCAGGGACACCUGCAUGUGUAAGACGGCGUGGGUUGGAUGUUGCCGUCCGUCACGGGGCCUCGCUUGCCUGACUGUGCCAUCCAUCCGUCCAUCGCUGGUGACGUGUGUGAUAAGUCUGUUGUUGCUCGCUGGUCUUUGUGUGAUCGAGUAGUGUUCUCUGCCGGAAGAGAAGUCGUUUGCGAGUCGUUCGUUUAGCGUCUCAGUGGCGGCACCUCUUUCUCCCCUUAGAGUGGUGUGAGUUUUGUGUGCGAGAAGGUUGAAUCGAGUGCUCAUGCCGGUUGCGGGCCAGAACUAGCCCCCGUCCAGCCGCUGCCCAUUUCGCAAAGAAAGAGUUGCCGCUGGGAUGAAGAGGCCUGUGUCUGAAGUGUAUUGUGCCUCCCCGUAUUUGGCUGUACCUCAGCUGCAGGCUGUUCAAGCAGCAGUUCCACACCCGCAGGCAGCUGCUGUGCCGUACACACUGCACCAAAGCUUGCAGCCUGCAUUCACGACGGCUUUUACUCACGCCCUCGCACCUGUAUCCGUCAGUCCGGCACUCACACACUUCAGCCCCAUGAUGCAUUUCAUGGACCAGCGUGGCUCUGAUGAGCUGCUGGCGCAGACCGGGGCGGUGAGCAAUGGCUCCGUUAUGAGUCCUGCGCCCAACCACGCCGACAACAACAAUGACGCCAAAAAGGUCAAGUUGGACACGAAAAACCCCGGUGCGCCGUCCCGCGUGAUCCACAUCCGCAACAUUCCCAACGAGGUCACCGAGGCGGAGAUCGUCCACCUGGGUAUUCCCUUCGGCAAGGUCACCAACGUGCUCGUGCUCAAGGGCAAGAACCAGGCUUUCUUGGAGAUGUCCGAUGAAGUUAGUGCAACCACAAUGGUCAACUACUUCACCAACUGCACCGCCCAGCUGCGUGGCCGCGCCGUCUACGUCCAGUUCUCCAACCACAAGGAGCUUAAGACCGACCAGACUCACUCAAACGCGCAGAACCCUAGUGCACAGGCGGCGCUGCAGGCUGCUCAGGCCCUGGUCAAUCAGACGGACACUCAGGGCGGUCCCAACACUGUGCUCAGGGUCAUUGUCGAGCACAUGAUCUAUCCAGUCACCCUUGAUGUCCUGUAUCAGAUCUUCUCACGUGUUGGUAAAGUGCUCAAGAUUGUCACCUUCACGAAAAACAACACAUUCCAAGCUCUUAUCCAGUAUCCCGAUGUUGUCACAGCUCAGGCAGCCAAAAUGACACUGGAUGGCCAGAAUAUCUACAAUGCAUGCUGCACCCUCCGAAUUGAGUACAGCAAGCUGAGCAACCUUAAUGUGAAGUACAACAAUGACAAGUCUCGAGACUACACCAACCCUAACCUUCCAACAGGCGAUCCUGCCCUGGAUUCUGCCUUGGCUAUUGGUGGUGCCCCCGGUGUGCUAGCCUCCCCGUUUGCUGCAAUGCAUGGACUCUCGUCGCCGCUAACCGCUGCCUAUGGGGCCUCACCUGCGGGAGUUUCUUCUCUUUCAGCUCCUAAUCUGAACUUACCGAACCGUACUGGCGAGAACGCUACACCGACAGGCAUGCCGUUUACAGGUAUGCCCUUGGCGGGUGUAACUCCAACUGCUGCAGCCCUUGGUGCUGCUGGCAUCCGUCUCCCAGGCCAGCCUUCACCCAACUGUGUUCUGCUCGUGUCCAACUUGAAUGAAGAGAUGGUCACGCCUGACGCUCUCUUUACCCUCUUCGGAGUGUACGGAGAUGUCCAACGUGUCAAGAUUCUUUUCAACAAGAAGGAUAAUGCCUUGGUUCAGAUGUCAGAACCUCAUCAGACACAGCUUGCCAUCUCACACUUGGAUAAGAUGAAGACUUGGGGCAAGCAGAUCCGUGUAACUUUGAGCAAGCACCAAACUGUACAGUUGCCCAAGGAAGGCCAGCCCGAUGCUGGACUGACCAAGGACUACAGCAACUCCCCUCUCCACCGCUUCAAGAAGCCUGGCUCCAAGAACUACCAGAACAUCUACCCACCCAGUGCUACCCUGCAUUUGUCCAACAUCCCACCCACUGUUGAUGAGGAACAGAUAAAGGAUGCCUUUGCUCAUGCCGGAGCAAAUGUUAAGGCAUUCAAGUUCUUCCCCAAGGACAGGAAGAUGGCACUGAUACAGCUGGGUUCUGUAGAAGAAGCCAUUGCAGCUCUCAUUAAAAUGCACAACUUCCAACUGAGCGAUUCCUCCCACUUGCGUGUGAGCUUCAGCAAGAGCACCAUCUAGACGGCCCAGCCCAUACAGCGGGUUGAGGGCCCUGGGAUCUACACCUGAUGGGGCUCGGUACCUAGGGCUGACGAGACUCUGGGAGGGAAGCAGCCUUAAGGAAGAAGAAUAAGAAUCCCAGGGAUGGACGAUCCCAAUUGUCAGGAACCUUCUGGGAACUGGCACUUUUUUACCUUAGGGCAUGGCAUUUUUAUUAAUAUAAUUAUACCUAGCUUAACCAAAUGUGUUACACUAUAAGGAGGCAGGACCUAGAGAUAUUUACGUACAAGUGAGAGAGAUGAUAAUUGAGCUGAAUUCAGGAAGAUGCAAUUUAACUAAAGGAACUCAAUAUUGGAGUUUAUUUUUAUUUUUUGUACCCAUAAAUGGUUUGGGUAGUCAAGUAGCCAAUACCUGUGUACAUUUUGCUACAAGUAAAUUCUGCCGGACAGCCUGAAUGUCUUUUGUAUGUAAGGUGAAGGUUUUCACAGUAUUAGGGGUGGUCUUGCCCCAAACGUGGGUGAGAAAAGGCCUCUGGUACUAGUAUUAUUCGCAGUGGUUCCUCGUGCUCUCUGAGAUUGCCAAGGACUUAAUGUUAAAACCUCAGCAAGCAUGAGCCAGAAUUAAUUCUUUUUAAACCAUGGUAGCUCUUUUUAUUUUAAGUGUUUUGCAAGUGAUACAUGUUUAGAGCUAGAUUGUGUAAGUAUAAUUGAAAAUAGAGGAGAAGAGAUGAGGCUAAAUUAUUAUUAAUGGAUGGUAGCCAUUGAAAUUCUCACACAAUUCAUAUUUUUUGGACAAAAUGGAGGAACUAUAAUAGAAGUGUUAAUAUGGUAAUUUAUCUCACAAUGUCAGUGUUAUGAAAGCAUAUAUUUUUGCAUUUUUGACGUCUCCAAAGUGUAAACUGAUAUCAAUCCUUUUCUUGAUCAACUCUUCCGUCUAGGAUUUUUCUCUUGAUCAUUCCAACUUAAAAGUCUUCUUUACCAUUUGCUCGAUGAUUCCAAUGUUUGUAAGGUAGGCAGACAGGGGCUGUGGUUGUUGUGCCCAGUUUUAACACAAGCACUGAUUGGAACAGCUGAUGCCAAUUACAAUUGUCCAACUGUACCUUUAGCAGCCUGUGGAACCAAGAUCAGUGAUUUUAAAUAAAGUGGGUUAUAUUUUCCCGUGUAUGGGUAACCAGAGGAGACUGCAGUUGUAGCCAUGAGCAUAGGUGGCAUAGCAUAGACUACUGUCAGGUCAACAAUGGGAAUUAGCCCGAGGAUGACCCUAGGGAUUCCAGAGGUAUAUCUAAAUUCACGUAGGUUUAUCUUGUGCUAACCAUCUGGGUGUUUGUGAGGUGACAAUAAUGUUUGCCAGGCGUAGCAUGUUAGCUAAGGGCAGUGAGUGGACUGUACCUGAGCGGGCACCUCCUCCACCCCUCUCUGCCACCUGGCCAGUCUGUGGUUGGGCUCUCCCACCCAUGUUGUGGCAUUCAUUUAUUGUUGUUCAGUGUAUGUAGCCAAUAGGAAAUUUGAUUAGCUUUUAUUAAUGAUGAUAUACAAAGUAUUAUUUGUUAUUUAUCUAAAAAGAACUAAAAAAAAAAGGCAAGAAGCACAAAGGUUGAGCCAUGCACCCAGGAAGUUGGCAGUAUCUCAUAGCUGGUUGCUGGAGGGCAAGGCAGUGCACUGUAGCAUUCCCAUCAUCACUGGCCAGCCAUAUGCUUCGUCACCCCCUUGCCAGGAGGGGGGGGGGCUGUACCUGUACUCUCUCUUCAUGCAUACCCUGAGCACGGUGAUUGCUAAGUUAUUUUCUCCUGGAUCUGUCACAUACCAGUAUUUAUACAGGGCUUCAAAUUAGCUGAAGGAAGUGCCCCUGCCCCCCCCGACAACCCAACACUAGUGUCCCAUCUGUCUGAAACUUGCGACAAGACAAUCCCAGAAAAAACUCGUUAGGCAUCUAGUGUGGUACACGAGGUCUACACAAUUACUUAAGACCUUGACGUGAGUUAUUGACUCAUAACUUCGGGCACGUGUUUGCCAAGUAGUAUAUAGUUUGAAGUAUUUUUUUGGUAAAGCUGAUUAGGAGCUUGGGUUAGAGUGCUCUUUUAAGAUCUUUGAGCAACACCAGAUCAACUGCUAAAUUGGACCACACUGGGAAGGCUAGUAAACACUAAUUUGCACAUAUCAGUUUCAGAGACUAUUUUUGUACAACUGUGGUGCCUUUCUAUGUGAUAUUCACAGUGUGGCACACGUCGGUCAUUGGUCAGCUCGGACAUAUUCACUGAUGUGGUAGCGUGAGAAAAAUGUUGUACCCUGUACUCUCAGCUUAGAACUGCUGCGUCCUUGUAUUCACCAAUUCGACCUACUCCAACUUCCAUGGGUGCAGUCAAGCAACUAUUUUUACAUCUACAUGUGUAGAACUUGUAUUUCCUGUUUCAAUCACGUGUAUGUCAUGAUGAAAGUAAAAGAACAUCAUCCUCUUUCUCCAUUUUAGAAGAUUCAAUCUAGCUGACGGUCUCUUUCUCAAGUUAAACUCAAGGGUCUCACUGGUUCAUGCUAAUUCACUUUCCCUUUGAGGCGUCACUCGUUUAGCGCCAGCCCUCUUCCCACGACAUCCUAAAGGCCACAGCCCAGUUGAUCCGUUUGAAUAAUGGAGGGUUCAGCUGCUUGCCUGCAAAUGCAACCUCUCCCAAGAAUGGCCACUAACAUGACAUCCACUGAGCUGUUUCAAAUAAUCUCUGAAACACUUGAGAAAAAGGCCUAUAAGUUUUGUGCCUCAUACUUGUAUUUGGAGGGAACAAAGUACCUUUACAUUACUCUUCUAAUAUUGUAAUAUUUCUUAGAAGUGUGUAAUUUUCUCUUUUCCCACUGCUUUGAUGUAACCAACUUGUAUACUUACCUAUCUAUUGUAUCUAUAAUUACCAUUCUGAAGCGCUUGCCAGGUUUUGCCCAGUCUCUGCAUUGUAAUCGGCAUUUUGUAGUAUCUAUGAGCACAAAGUUAACAGUCCAAAGUAAAGACAAAUAACAAUUGGCAAAUACAUUAGAAAGGAAACAUUAAUAAUAAUAGUACUGAAAGAGGUUUUGGAUUUACACAAAGCAGUAGGGCAGGAACCUGGUUAAUCCCCGCAUGACAUCUAAUGAAACAACAGUUGCAGUUCUUUCUUUUGGAACUUGCGGAUUAAAAAAGGAAAAAUCUCUGGAGGGAUCACCAUCGCCAGAAAGACAGCUGAGUUGUGCCUUGACCAGCUUUGCAGCAUCUUUUUACUCGUCAGUGCUCGCUCGCUCGCUCAUCAGACCCACCUCUCCUCCUCUUCCUGGCUGUCAGGGCAUAGAUCUUAAAAAUGGAAAUAAAUGCGGCACCCUUGGAGAAUACAAGCGCUUUAUAGCACUGAGGAACAAAUUUUAGCCCAGGACAGAUCAGGUCUUGCAUAGGGAGGGGUAGGCAUAGCUAAGGGUAGGGUGCUAGACCAAUUCUCUUAUUGCACCUUCUUUGGUAAGGCCCACAAUAACUUCAUGUAUUAACCUGUAUUCUUGAAAUCCAAAUGGUUUUAAAUUAAUUGUUUUUAUUGUGAAUGUGGAAAUGAUGAGUGUUCAUGCAUAUUUUCUGCAUCUUAUUCCAGAAUGAUAUGAAUCUGUCUAUUUUGUGUUGACAUUGCUAGCUCCAUUAUGGACUGUUUGGUAAUAGACCGGCAGACCCAUAUUUGUCUAUGUUGGAUGGAUCUGAGCAACAUGAGCCAGGUACUGUGUUUAAGCAUUAUCAUUUUGUAAUAAAUAUGUAUUUCGAUAGUUUUGCAUAUCACUACGUCCUUCUGGUAGGGUGGGCUUCAAAAAAAUUGCCCAAUAUGCGAAGUCUGUGCGAUGGUGUUCUUCUAAAAGCUACAAGAAAGGUUAUUGAUUGGCUGCACUUCCAGUAGCUUUGAUCGCUCUUUAUGGUUGACUCAUUGUUUGUGUUUAGGUUAGAGGCUAUUUUGUAAGGUCAGGUUUAUUAACACUAAUGCCUACUACUCUAUGCUACUGCUGUACUCUCUCUGUAGCCCUCGAGUUACUACUGUACUUCUCUCUCUCUUUCACAUCAUCAUUCGAACUAUACUAUUCUUUAUUUUCGGAUAAGAUAAAAUAUUUUCUAAAAGUAUCUCUUGCCACUACUGCUCUACAAUUGUGUUAGAGCUCUUGGUACCUCAUCUUUCGGCCCCUGAAAGUCCUGCUCUCUCUCUCUUCUCUCUCUCUUCUUUUACUAAUGCUAGGUCAGUUUAGGUCAUGCUAGGCUACUAACCCUUGUGUAUGUAUUUAUAUAUGGGUGUGCGUGCCUGCGUUAACGGAUACAUACAUAUUCGUGUAUAGACACAUUGCAUAUUCCAGUUUUAUGUAUUGUGUGUAUAUAUGCACAUGUAUAUAAUUACUUAAGCGCGCAUAUAUAUUUCAUACAUACACAUAAACAUGCACAUACACAAAUGUUUGUAUGUGUAUGCAAUGUAUGAUGAUGAUCUUCCUUUUCAUAUAUGUAUACAAUAUCUUAUUUUGCUCUCAGACUGUCAUGCUUUGCUCUAUUGCAUUUGUUCCUUGGUUUGAGGAGUGAGUUUGACUGAUUCACAUAAUCAUGACAUCUUGAGAAACUUUUUUUCCUUUGUUAAUUAGAAGACUUUACUUUUUUUGGCGAUGUCCUUUGGAGAAUUGGCAAAGAUUUUGUAGCCAAUGGAACAAGGGCCGCCAUGUUAGUUCCCUAGUGUCACCUGGCCAUGUCUCUAGAACACUUGCCACUAUCCUGCCUCCUGUACCAGCCGUAUCUACUACCACUUGAUCCUGCAUACAUUUCUCUAUAUGUGUUUGUAAAUGUACCACUCUCGUGUACUACUACUUGGUGUUAGUCAUAUCACUGUUCCAUUCUACUACUACUACUACUACUACUAUUACUACUACUACUACUACUACUCAGCUGUAUUUGUAUUUCAUUGUAGAGGUGCUUGGUUGACCACAUAAAGCCUACAUAUCUACUCUAA